GUAGUAGGACUUUUAUCUAUGUACAAGCAGUGUGACUUUUAUCUAUGUAGAAGUAGUGUGACUUUUAUCUAUGAAGUAGUAUGACUUUUAUCUCGUAAUGUUAUGACAUUUAAAAAAAAAAAUUACGACUUUAUUCUCAUAAUAUUCCGACUUUAUUCUCAUAAUAUUAUUUAUUAUUAUCUAAUGUAUUAUUAAUAAAUAGCAACAGAAAACAGCCAUUUUCUCCUCCAGUUCACAAAAGAGAUGAUUUUCUCCAAGUCUGUGUGAUUCUUUUCUACUACACAGACUCCAGAGUCCAUGCGCGUGCUCUAUAAACAGAGUUUGUUGACGUUGUACGUCAUCAGCGUGCGACCUCUGGAGGAGUUAUCCAACAAACGGCUUGUGUAACUGAGGCAAGUUUGCUUCUCUGAAAGUCAGAUCCUGUUUAUUUUAUCAGACUUUAGCGACGCAGAUGUUUUCCACAGUUAGACGUAGUUUGUUGUCGCGUGUGGCCACAUUACACACAUCAGCGGCAGCACCUUCUCUCUGCAGACACCAACACCGGACCUUCAGCUCUGAGUCUGCCGCUGUCAAGGUGCUGUACGAUGGACUUUGUCCCAUAUGUGUGACAGAGAUCCGGUUCCUCCAGUUUCUGCAGAGAAACGAACCUGGGAAAGUGAAUUUCAUUGACAUCGCCCUGCCAGACUACGAUGCAGGGAAAUAUAAGGACGUGAGCUAUGAGAUGGCCAUGGAGGAAAUGCAUGUGAUUGAUGAGAAAAAUGAGGUUCACCGUGGGAUCCCAGCGUUUGCAGUCAUGUACGGUGCCGUGGGCCUUGGUUCUUUGGGCCGCUUCAUGAUGUGGCCAUGUGUGAGGCCAUUUAUGGACAAAUCCUAUGCCAUUUUUGCCAGGAACCGCCUGAAGUGGACCGGGCGUGGUGGAGAAUGCACCGCAGGGCGCUGUGAAAAGAAAACAUAUUAACCUUUGACCACAGGGGGGAAAAAAAACAUGUUGAACAAGUUAAUUAAUUGUAAAGAAGGACUAGUUAGUUAAACAUUCGUUUAUCAUGACCUCAACUGAAAAAGUUUUAAGAGUUUGCUGAAGAUAAGUGAGCUACUGUACAUUAUGAAGUGAAACCAUUGCUUAAUUGUAAAUGACUUUGCAGGUGAGGCUGUUGUGGCCUUAUAUUCAGUUAAAAUGAAACAAGCAUCAAGUUAACAGUUGUGUAAAUAUGAAAACAUGUAAGAAAUGGUUUCGUAAGAGGCAACAAAAAUGGCUAUAAACUAUAAAAGAGAUUCUGCAAUCCCUCUGAUGUCCUUUUUAUUAGAAUAGAUCCCCAAUCUUAAGCUUUAAAUUAAUACUUAAAAAGAAAUAACACCUUGCUAUCUCAAAACAGAAUUACAGAAAGUAGAAUAAAAAGCCUUUCUGCGACAGAUAAAGGGUAAUGUUGCUAAUGUAAUGUAAUGUUGUGUAAUGACAUUGUCGCAGCAAAUGCACAGCUAGAGAUGUUCUGGGUCUGAUGUUUUUCCAUAGUUUGGCAACUGGACUUUACUCUUAAUGAUGAUUAUGACCUACAUGACUAAGAACGUUCACAAGCACUGUGUCUGAUAUUGUUAAUUCAACGACAAGUACAGGAAUGUGCCACUAGAUGUCUCUGCAAGUCUAAAAAUCACCUUUAAAAGCAUGUGAAAUAUAAGCAGCAAGACUCCUGUAAUAUACAAUGCAGUAUAGAACAAUGUCUACUUGUGAAGCAUCCAUAACACAUGUAGACUAAAUCUGAUGAAGCCACUGGCCCUGAAUUUAGGGUGUCAAAAUAACAAUGAUUGAUGGGACUGGACACCUUGCUUAGGGAUACCCCAGCCCUUAACCUGGUGGGGAAUUCAAACCAAACCAGCAACCUGUUACGAGCCCUCUUCCUUCCACUUGGCCAUGGGCUGUCCAUUGUAACACCCAAUAUGUCCUAAGUAAAAAAAUAAAGUACAGACUGUUCUCUGUCACUGUU